GCUCCAUGCACUUUGGACGAUGCUUCAUCGGCCUCUUUUCCAGCACCAAACCCAAGCAAGACUGUGUCAUUCUACUAUACAGAAGCCUGAAUAACCGGGCUUCGCGCGCCCGCCCCUCCAAGCGUGCCCCAGCAUGGCGAGCCUGGACAGAAAGCUACAGGCUUCGGCCUUCGUGCGCCGCAACAGUGCCAAGGUAGCUGCAGAACUACCUCACAAUCAGCUGGCGCAACUUCUUCACAAGAGCGAAAUGACCGAUUCUGCAGAAGAAGAAAUUGGAUAUUAUCAAGACUCUAGCGGAUUCGAUCAGUGUUUCAGUGCUUAUGGAUCAGACAGGUUUGAACCCAACUUUUGUUAUGUUAAAGACUACCUAGGUACCUCGAAACCGCUGAUACUUCGCAGUUGGGAAGUCGAAGACCUAGUAAAAGAAUUCGAAUUAUUGGCGCAGACGUGGGAUGAGUUUCAAAUGAAAAUCAAGCAUCCUAAAACUCACGACCUUGGCACCAGAGGGCCCCCAAGCUUUCAUGAUCUCCAGUCAAUUACGAGAGAAACGGUGCAGGACUGGGAUGCGAGAGGGAAUUCUGGGAUGUCCAAAGCAAAGAAUAACUUUCUCGAAUUUUCUGACACUCUUCUAUCAUUCUCAGACCUCUUUUCAAUCAUCCCUGAUGGGGAUAAGUACGUAUCCCUCUUUACCGGGGUGAUCUCCACCACUGUUAAGGCCGCUGGGAGGCAUACCGAAAUCUACGAGGGCUUCUCUUCGGCUUUGGCAGAGAUUGGAAACGCAAUGUGCUUGAGCACAGCCAUAUCAAGGGUUCAUCAAACCAGCGAGAGCAUCAAACGGCUCGUCGUGCUUUUAUAUAUCCGGUACUCCAAGUUCUUCUGUCAUUUUAUGCAAUGGCAUCUUGGAUCACGUUGGGAACGAAUCAAGUCGUCACUAAGAAACGAUUUCUACAUCAAAGAAGACAGUCCUCAGGUAACAGAGAUAAGGAACAUCUGCAACAGAAUAAAAGACCACGCUCAUCUAUUGAAUCAACGCCAAGCUCAAAUCACGGGUAAUCGGGUCCUCCAACUUCACAAUCAGAACAAACUUGAUCAUGAGCAAAGAAUAUUCCAGGGUCGUCUGAUGAUGGAGCGUCUCGACAAACACGAUGCAAAGCUGAAAGAACUCGUGGAGCUUAUUAUCGGGUACCACUGUCACCAGAAUGCCACUGCAAUGGCUGAGCAUCAUAUGUACGACGUCGAUGUUGCGAGCGCUAGAUCUACAAUACAAGACAAUACAAUGAUCACGGAAACUGUCGGUCACUCACAACACCAAGUCUUGGAGGCAUCUGGAAUUCGUGGUCAACCAAUCGCAUUAUCUGAUUCCAUCUCAACGAACAAAGAAAGUCGAGGCGCGUUGGAAAAAAUCUCACAAAGCCUUCUCAAGUAUCUACCGGUCACAAACGCCGGUCCACAGCCCUCCGAGGAUGGGAAUCUACGGGCGAAUCUCAUCCCCUCCCUGAUCGUUGAAAGGCUUCGAGAUUGGGCAGCGUCUCCACGGUCCGAGGUGCUCUGGAUCCUCAGUGUGGCAUUCGCGAGCCUGGACUACUCGCACCUGGCCGCCUUACACAUCCGCAACUUGGCGACGGUAGCGAAUAUUCCGUGCAUAUCAAGCUUCUGCACACCUGGUGCCGAUUUCGAGGAACCUGUUUCUCGGAAUCAGUCUCGAGAAAUGAGCAUGCUCAUUGCAGUUUUCUACACCCUGAUCCAUGGCCUGACGAUAACCGCUGGAGAGACUCUGGCCGAUUCUCCCGGACUUUCGGCUAUUAUUUCGUCUCUCAACGGUCAACAUGAUACCGUUUCGACGGCGCUGAAAGUUAUCAGCAUGCUACUUGGGCAUCGCAACCCCCUGCUUCUCAUUAUUCUCAGCGGGCUGGACCAGGUGGAGUCUGACGAAACAGAGCCCUAUCUGAGAGAAUUGAUAGACAUGAUUCAUACCGAUGCCAGGCCUAACUCUAGGCUCAAGGUUCUUCUUGGGAGUGAAGGAUAUCUUCGGGGUGGCAAUGGCCUGGACCCAGAAGAGUGUUUGGAUUGCUCUUUGCUCCCCAUUUCGCGACCAGGGCGAGCUCUUCCCGACGGGCGAUUCGUGGGCGAGAUUGGGGGAGACAUCUUUCCUACGUUAUAUUGAUCCAUCUUUUAUUUGUGCUGAUUGGAAUCCUCCUACUGCGUGGUUUUGUUCUCAGUACAUCCGGAAGGCGCACGGUGUCUCCGCACAAUGGUAAAUGCUUAGAGACCUAGCUAAGUCGGAACAAUAAUGGUGUUGUAGAAUGAUGAAAGAACAAUAUUUUCCGAUAAUAACAGCGAGGUUCGUUAUACCAGUGCAUAAACACUGCCUGACGAUAACUAGAUGGGACCACAAGGCUCAGGACGCGCUCGUAGAGCACGGAGGCAUGUGGCAUUGGGACUAAUCGUCAACGGCGGUUCGAUGGU